CGACAACUGGCUCAUUAGUGCACUGUGCGAUAGCCGAGACAGGUCACACAACAUCGCUACGUCAGUCUCCUAUCACCACUUGUACUUACUCUAUCAACGUCCUCGAAUACCAUAAAGACCAGAUCUUCUCGGCAGUACCGUCGCCCGCAGCCUUGUCACGGCGGUCGUAGAGAGAGAGAGAAAGAGAGAGAGAGAUACUGUUUUUUUUAUCGGAUUGGCCGACGCCUAAUGCGGAGUAAAGUCUGAUGCAAAAUCUUCGUACAUCUGUCGCUCCGUAGCCUUUUACCAACAAUAGGGUGAACCUUCGUGCAUGUCUACUAUUGUCUUUUUUUUUGUUUUCAUUCGCUGCACACGAACCGACUUUCACUACUUUCACCGGGUUCAAAUGUAUACUUAUAUAUUGCAUAGUGGUGGACGGACGGUCACCUCGGAUUUUGAAAGAUAUUCAAAAUGAUGCAGAAACCAAAGGUUUACGUUGUGGGAGUGGGCAUGACCAAGUUUGAGAAGCCGGGCAGGCGGGAUGACUUUGACUAUCCGCAGAUGGCCAAAGAAGCUGUUACCAAGGCUCUAGCCGAUGCUAGGAUUUCGUAUGCAGAUGUCAAAGCUGCCACAGUUGGAUGGGUUUACGGAGACUCUACUUCUGGACAGAGAGCACUCUACGAGGUUGGACUGAGCGGAUGUCCCAUCAUCAAUGUGAACAACAACUGCUCCACUGGUUCCACUGCACUGAUGGUGGCUAAGCAAAUUGUUGAAUCUGGUAAUGGUGACUGUGUUUUGGCUCUUGGAUUCGAGAAGAUGGAAAGAGGAUCUCUGACAAGUAAAUUUAUGGACAGAACAAAUCCCAUGGACAAACACGUUGAACUCAUGGCUGAUGUUGCUGGAAUGAAUGAAAGCCCAAUAACAGCUCAGUUAUUUGGAAAUGCUGGAAUCGAACACAUGAAGAAAUAUGGUACAAAACCAGAACACUUUGCCAAAAUUGCGUACAAAAAUCACAUGCACUCUGUGAACAAUCCCUACUCGCAAUUCCAAGACAAAUACACUUUGGAGCAAAUUAUGAAUUCGCCAAAGGUCUUUGGACCACUGACAAAAUUGCAAUGCUGCCCCACAUCCGAUGGUUCAGCUGCUGUUAUUCUGGCUAAUGAAGACUUUGUGAGGAGACAUAGGCUAGAAAACCAGGCUGUGGAAAUUGUAGGAAUGGAAAUGUCUACAGACUUGCCAUCUACUUUCUCUGAAAGGAGUUGUAUCAAACUCAUUGGCUAUGAUAUGACGAAAGACGCAACCGAGAAGCUAUUCACAAAAACGGCUUAUAAGCCAAGUGAUGUCGACGUCGUCGAGCUGCACGACUGCUUCUCCGCUAAUGAACUCGUAACCUACGAGGCUUUGGGGCUUUGUCCACCGGGUAAAGCCGGCGAGCUGAUCGAUUCUGGCAACAACACCUACGGCGGGAAAUAUGUUAUUAACCCGAGUGGAGGACUCAUUUCCAAAGGUCAUCCUCUCGGUGCAACUGGUCUGGCCCAAUGCUCCGAAUUGUGCUGGCAGCUCAGAGGCGAGGCUGGCAAGCGUCAAGUGCCCGGCGCUAAACUGGCUCUUCAGCAUAACAUCGGCCUAGGUGGAGCAGUAGUGGUAGCUCUCUACCGCCUAGGUUUCUCAAAAACUGGCGCAGUGCACCGUAACAACGUAGCUGCGAAAAAGCCGCAGAAGGAGUACGCUGCAAACCCUGAUGGCUUUAAGGCCAACGUUCUGUUCAAAGCCCUGGCUAUAGCAAUGGAGGAAGACGAAGACGGCCUGAUCGACCGUGUUCGUGGCAUCUACGGAUUCAGGGUAGUAAACGGACCGAACGGUGCUGUCGGCUACUGGGUUGUCAACGCCAAGACCGGCAAAGGCAGCGUUGAGUACAAUAGCAAGGUCAAGCCAGACGUCAUUUUUACUAUUAGUGAUACCGACGUUGUUGACUUCAUCUCCGGCAAGCUCCAGCCCCAGAAAGCCUUCUUCCAGGGUAAGGUCAAGAUCCAGGGCAACAUGGGUCUCGCUAUGAAGCUUCCUGACCUCCAGAGACGAGCUGCGAAGAAAAUCGAACUCAUUCGCGCAAAGCUGUAAACUUAGGUCUUUACGCUCAGAGGCGUGUUAAACAAAUUCUUUUCUCUCUUCUUUUUUGACUUCGCAAUUUUUUACUGUAUUACUCUAUCUAAGGUUAUCAUAUAGUUUGUGGAUGAGAUGUCUUUAAAUGCAAGGGUAUGGAUAAAUAAUACAUCAAGCGUCGAAAUAAUCUGCAGUUCUACUAUUAUCUGUCAUUGUGAAGUAUUUUUCUUCGACUAAAAGUCAUUAAAAAAGUGAUCAAUUUGGUACAACAGUCUUUAGAGAUAAGAAAGUAGAGAAUGACUGAUAAUCAUGCUGUUAUUGCAAAAUGACAAUUGCAAUUUAGAACUAUUAUGAUAUAUACUUCGGUGUCAGUAAGGUUUCUUGGGAGGGAACAAAUUAUACAUAGAGUUGUAAAUGUAUGUCGAUAGAAUAUAUAGCGAGCGUACUGGGUAUCUCGUGUUUACACAUACGAAAAUCUAUUUUGUAUACUUUUUUCAUACUAUAGACGCAUUGUAAAACAAUGCGCAUUGUUGUGUUUAUUGUAUAUUUGGUAUAGCUGUUGGAGUACUCUAUGUGAACAUGGAUUUUAAUAAAAAAUUGAAUCAAAUACGGA